AUGGGCAGACAGUGGUGCACCAAGGAUGUAGAGGAAAUGGAAGCAAGUGGCAAACACAAGUGCAACUGCCAUGACAUCCCCUUUUGCCGAAUAUGUUACGAUUCCAAUGAUGAAUCAAAUGAUAUGGAGAUGGAGUCUCGUGGACGAUUAAUUGCGCCGUGUCUAUGUGAUGGAAGUAUGAAAUAUGUCCACCAGUGCUGCAUUCAGCGUUGGAUUAAAAUCAGUCGGUCGAGGAAGUGUGAGUUGUGCAAUUUUAGGUAUGCAAUACGCAGACACGUCAAAGAGAAUAAAGGGUGGAAAUUCUAUGCUUUCGAAAUCAUUAUUCUACUCCUCGCAGCCUGGUUGAGUUGGCAUAGUGCUGUCGCCUUCACCAGUACUUCGUCAGGACUUUUGCAGGCAUCGUUUUUCGCUGGAUUAAUGGGCCUUAUACUUGCCUGGUGUAAAUUCAGAAAAGGCUCAGAUCGAUCGGAAUACGUCUACGUGGUGCAAGAACCCUCCAAUAGGCGGAUGAGGAAGUUGCGUCGGAAUACAAUGACUUGA